GGGAGGUGAGGGAGUUUUCAGAAGGGUUUUGGAGGAGGGGUCUCUGUGAGUAAAUGCCCGGCAGACCAUGAAAACACCAGAGACACAAAGACAUGCGGGAUGCAUCAAAAUAACAUCAGGAAUUCAAACAUUAAACAGCGCGAGGAGUUAGAAAUGCCCGAAGCUCACUUCCAGAGAAAUCCGAAGGUUUGGCAAGAAAUCAGAUCUCACGGAAAACUCUUGAGAACUUUCUGAAGAAGAUCGUUUGGAAACACUCCUCGUAGAACUCAAGACGAUGUUGUUUCAUUCUGUCUCGUUGAAGCAGAUCAGCACGAGGACCGGACUAAUGCGGACUAACGGCAUGAAUUCCAAGUGAGAUUGUCAAGAGAAGCGCUGAGAUGGAGAGCUGCCUCGUGACCGUCGCAUUUCUGCUCUCGUUCCUCGUGACGCUGCACGCGCAGCUCGUCUGUUGGCAGGCGCUGCUCAGGUGUCACAAAGAGCGCGACUGCGAACUCGCGUACGAUCAAUACCUCAUCGCGUGCGACGGGAACAUCCGCGGCACGCGGCGUCAGUGUCCGAGCCACUGCAUCAGCGCGCUCAUCCGCCUCAACCAGACCGCCGGUGGAGCGGACCUCGAGACCUGCGACUGCGGGAGGGACGCCGCGUGCACGCGGGCCAAACGCGCCACCGAGCCGUGUCUGCCGCGGACGCAUCCCGCUGGAGCCGACGGGAUGGGCUGCACCGAAGCCCGGCAGCGUUGCGAGGGCGAGCCCGGCUGUCGGUCGUCUCUGACGGCGUACCUGUCCCGCUGCGGACAGCUGUUUAACGGCAGGAAAUGUUCGUCCCGGUGCAAAGCGACGAUCGAAGAGAUGCUCGCGAUGCCUGACGGGAUGCUGCUGAAUCGGUGCGUGUGCGAUGGGCUGGAACGGCCGUUCUGUGAGGUGGUGAAACUGAACAUGAUGAAACUUUGCUCGAUAGGAGAUCGAGGACUGUCUCUGGAACACGAUGGAACGGAUGAUGUGUACGAGGACGAGGACGAUGACGUGAAAGCGGACGCGGACGCGAUGAUGUCAAGCGCCGUCAGUGUUUGUCAACAGCGCCCUCUGGAGGGAGAACAAGGGAAAACGACUAACAGCCGGUACCGUUCACCGGUCAGCUGCGGGACUUUAAACAUGGCGGAGCGCAUGGCAGCACGUUUGUACGCUCAGGAGGAGCAGAUCGCGGCGUUGAGUCUUGAGAUCAGCCGCCUGCAGGAGAGUCUGACCGGCGGCUUCGACUUCAGCACUCUGGCGAGCGGACCGAACCUGGACGCGCUGCGAACCGAGAACGAGAAACUCAAAUACCGACUGCUGCACCUCCGCCGAGGCCUCCGAAGCGAACUAGAGCUGGAAGACCAGAACCAGAAGAGAGCCGAGGACAAAGACCUAAACCAGAAGAGAGCGGAGGACAAAGACCUAAACCAGAAGAGAGCGGAGGACAAAGACCUAAACCAGAAGAGAGCGGAGGACAAAGACCUAAACCAGAAGAGAGCGGAGGACAAAGACCUAAACCAGAAGAGAGCGGAGGACCAGAACCAGACUGAGGAACCUAAGGAGAAGGUUUGCUCUAAGCAGAAAGUGACAUCAUCAAAAGCCAGCGCUCCGGCCAAUCAAGAGUCAAAGAAGAAGGAGGAGGCGGUGAAGCCUGAGGCGUCAGGAGAGUUGAACCCUUGGCCUGCUUUUAUCUCUGAGCGUCUGGAGCUCUAUGACCGGCUGAAGCAGGAGAGUGACUCUAUUCUGUCCGAGCGAGCGGCGAGCAGGAAGCCCAUCGGUGUCCAGCUGCCUGAUGGACGGACGGUUCCGGCCACAGCGUGGGUGAGCAGCCCGUAUCAGCUGGCCUGUAACAUCAGUCAGGGUCUCGCAGAUAACUGUGUGAUCGCCCGGGUGAACGGAGAACUGUGGGAUCUGGACAGACCUCUGGAGACAGACUGCAGUCUGGAGCUCCUGCGCUUUGACCACAAGGACGCUCAGGCCGUGUAUUGGCAUUCCAGUGCUCAUAUUCUGGGUGAAGCCAUGGAGCGGUUCUACGGCGGCUGUCUCUGUUACGGGCCGCCCAUCGAGAACGGUUUCUACUACGACUUGUUUCUGGACGGUCAGAAAGGAGUGUCCAGCACUGAGUUCAGUAAUCUGGAGAACAUCUGUAAAUCCAUCAUGAAGGACAAACAGACGUUUGAGAGACUGGAGGUCAGUAAGGAAACUCUGCUGGACAUGUUUAAGUACAACAAGUUCAAAUGUCGUAUACUGAAUGAGAAGGUGUCUACACCAACCACAACAGUGUACAGGUGUGGCCCAUUGAUUGAUCUGUGCCGAGGGCCGCACGUACGACACACGGGUAAAAUCAAAGCUCUGAAGAUCUAUAAGAAUUCUUCGACAUACUGGGAAGGUCGUGCUGAUAUGGAGACUCUUCAGCGGAUCUACGGAAUCUCUUUUCCUGACAGUAAAAUGCUGAAGGAAUGGGAACGCUUUCAGGAAGAAGCCAGAAACAGAGACCACCGUAAAAUUGGAAAGGAUCAGGAACUCUUCUUCUUUCAUGAUCUGAGUCCAGGCAGUUGUUUCUUUCUUCCGCGAGGAGCUUAUAUCUACAAUACACUGACAGAGUUUAUCAGGGAGGAGUACUGCAGACGGGGAUUUCAGGAGGUGGCUUCUCCGAACAUCUAUAACAGUAAACUGUGGGAGACGUCGGGUCAUUGGCAUCACUACAGUGAGAACAUGUUCUCUUUCCCUGUGGAGCAGGACAUCUUCGCUCUGAAACCCAUGAACUGUCCUGGACACUGUCUGAUGUUCGGUCAUCGUCCGCGCUCCUGGCGCGAGCUGCCGCUGAGGUUCGCAGAUUUCGGUGUUCUUCAUCGCAAUGAACUCUCAGGAACUCUGACGGGUCUCACCAGAGUCCGACGCUUUCAGCAGGAUGAUGCUCACAUAUUCUGCACCAUGGAUCAGAUCGAGUCCGAGAUGAAGGGAUGUCUGGAUUUCUUGCGCCGUGUCUAUGAUGUGUUUGGAUUUUCGUUUCAGUUGCAUCUCUCCACACGUCCGGAGAAGUUUCUGGGAGACAUCGCUGUGUGGAACCAAGCUGAGAAGCAACUCGAGAACAGUCUGAAAGAGUUUGGAGAGCCGUGGAAGCUAAAUCCAGGAGACGGAGCUUUUUACGGGCCCAAGAUUGACAUUAAGAUUAAAGAUGCCAUCGGCCGAUAUCACCAGUGUGCCACGAUUCAACUGGACUUUCAGUUGCCCAUCCGCUUUAAUCUUGUCUAUGUGGGGAAAGAUGGCGACGAUAAAGCCAGACCAGUGAUCAUUCACAGAGCCAUUCUGGGUUCAGUGGAGAGAAUGAUCGCUAUACUCACUGAGAACUACGCUGGGAAAUGGCCGCUGUGGGUGUCUCCGCGUCAGGUGAUGUUAGUGCCGGUCAAUCCCUCUCUUGAAGAAUACGCCAAACAGGUGUGUAAGCGAUUUGUCGAAGCGGGUUUCAUGGCCGACGCUGAUCUGGAUUCUGGUUGCCUUCUGAACAAGAAAAUUCGCAACGCACAGCUGUCACAGUACAAUUUCAUUUUGGUGGUGGGUGAGAAGGAACGGCUGACUGACAGCGUGAACGUGCGCACGAGAGACAACAAGGUCCACGGCGAGCUGACGGUGGAGGAGGUGAUGGCCAGAUUGACUCUACUGAAGCAGUCCAGGUGUCGCGACGCUGAAGAAGUCUUCUGAACCACAGAAUAACUCUCAGCUCUGUCAGUCUUUAUUCUGCUGAGAAGAAAAUGAAGAAGAGACGAUAAUAAUAAUAAUAACAUGAAGGAGAAAUAUUAAAAGGCAUAGUAAUGAAAAGAUGCAGAGCAGUUUGAUUCUGUAUUGAAAAAUGAAAUGAGAAUGAUGUCAUGGGUUUGUGUAUGUGACCUGAAGGUUUAGAAUAAAGACUCUUAAAA